UUGUUUCUCCUUCUUCUUCUUCUUCUUCUUCUUCUUCUCUGUGGACUGAUAAUGGCCAACGACAAGGGUCUGAUCGUUAGUUUCGGCGAGAUGCUGAUCGACUUCGUGCCGACGGCCUCGGGCGUCUCGCUGGCGGAAGCUCCGGGGUUCUUGAAGGCCCCUGGUGGCGCCCCCGCCAACGUGGCGAUCGCGGUGGCUCGGCUCGGCGGACACGCCGCCUUCAUCGGCAAACUCGGUGACGACGAGUUCGGGCACAUGCUGGCCGGAAUCUUGAAGGAGAACGACGUCUCCGGUGAAGGGAUCCUGUUCGACCAAGGCGCACGCACCGCUCUGGCCUUCGUGACCCUACGCGCCGACGGAGAGCGCGAGUUCAUGUUUUAUCGGAACCCCAGCGCCGAUAUGCUGCUGAAGCCUGAAGAGCUCAAUUUCGAGCUCAUCAGAUCGGCCAAAGUUUUCCACUAUGGAUCAAUAAGUUUGAUCGUGGAGCCAUGCAGGUCAGCACAUCUAAAGGCAAUGGAGGUUGCCAAAGAAGCAGGUGCCUUGCUCUCCUAUGACCCGAACCUCCGGCUACCACUGUGGCCCUCACCUGAGGAGGCAUGCGAGCAGAUAAUGAGUAUCUGGGAAAAGGCAGACGUGAUCAAGGUCAGCGAUGUGGAGCUUGAGUUCCUCACAGGAAAUCCCAAGAUUGAUGAUGAAAAUGCACUGACUCUAUGGCACUCUAACUUGAAGCUCCUCCUUGUCACUCUUGGUGAGCAUGGUUGCAGAUACUACACUAAGAAUUUCCGUGGAUGUGUUGAAGCUUUCCAUGUAACUGCGGUAGAUACUACUGGUGCUGGUGAUUCAUUUGUGGGUGCUCUGCUCGUGAAAAUUGUUGAUGACCAAUCCAUUCUUGAUGAUGAGCCAAGGUUGAGGGAAGUACUCAAAUUUGCAAAUGCAUGUGGAGCAAUUACAACAACCAAGAAGGGAGCAAUUCCUGCACUUCCCAAUGAGUCUGAAGCCCUCGCCCUAAUCAAAGGGGCAUAGAUUCAUUCAUGUUGUUCAUCCAACUUUCUAGGACUUUCGUUUCAAGCUUCUUUGUUUUUGUUGUGGGAGUGUUGUCCAAGCUCAGUAAUUCUUCUCUCUUUGCGUGUGUUGACAGUAAACUUACCCCUUGCAUCAGAGAAUAAAUGUUAAUUUUUGGCUUU